AUGGAGCCUUCACCGGCAGCUACGAGCCGCAGAGAGAAAAGAAGGAACGUCUCCUCCACAGCAACCGACACGGCCAAGAGAUUCAAAAGUGAGCAGGAAGGAGCGGUGCCCCCCCCGCUCUGUCCACCGAGGAUCUCUGUGCCGCUCGACCGCCUCAAACAACCAAUUACACUGAAGGAGCUGACGGAGCUGCUGCACUACGCCGCCCUCGGGAAAACAGCUGGCAUCCGACAACCCAGUUGGUGUCGUCUCCACCACCAGAGGAAGGUCAAAGGUGUGAAUGUUGUCAUCGUGGAGGGUCUGACCCAGAGUCACUUUUACAAACACUACCUCACGCUGCGACACCUCAGAACCAACUACAGCUCUAGGAUCACCUUCACUCCACCAUCUCAGAACCUGGCGUCUGGAAUCUUCAGCAAUGAGGUUCCUAAGUCAGACGCUCCAUCACUUUCAGGAACACACAUGGAAAACGGUCACAUACCCAAAGCCGUGAAGUUUCACCCAGUUAUCAGCAAGUUUGGGACACGGACCAGAGGACUGACAGCGUAUCUCCUGAGCCAGGAGGAGAUGAUCAAGAAGAACUACCCGGUCAAAGGAAUGCCUGGCUUUGAGGAGUUUGUGUGCACAGACAGUGUCGAGUGUGUGACUGACAGCAGCCCUCUGUAUGGACUCGACUGUGAAAUGUGUCUGACGGAAAAGGGAAACGAGCUGACUCGUGUCUCUCUGGUGGACAGUGAUGGAAACUGUGUUCUGGACGAUCUGGUGAAACCUGAGACCCGCAUCCUCAACUACAUAACAAAGUUCUCUGGUAUCACCGCAGCAAUGUUGCGUCCAGUCACAACCACCCUGAGGGAAGUUCGGGCAAAGCUCAUGGCGCUGUUGCCGCGGGACGUCGUUCUGGUCGGACAUUCCAUCAACUCUGACCUCAUGGCUCUGAAACUGAUCCACCGGCAUCUAAUCGACACGGCCCUGCUGUACAGGAAAGAGUUUGGACAGAAGUUUAAGCUCAAAGUCUUGGCCGAGAUGAUACUGAAGAGGCAAAUACAAACCGAUGAGAAGAUGGGUCAUCAUCCCACUGAGGAUGCUGUGGCAGCACUGGAGCUGGCCCAAUACUUUAUUAAAACAGGACCUCGCCAGGUUGUGGAGCAUCACCUGGAGGAGCUGUGGGGAUACACAAUAGAGGAGGAAAUCAUAGAGCUGCCUGCACCCACACCCAGUCACAGGUUUGCAGACAUAUUACAGACCCUCGGCCGGUCAGUUGCUUUCAUGGGGAAGCGUUCGGACGUAGCUCUGGAUCUGUCCCGUCAGCAGUGGCUCAACUCUGACAAACAGGUGUUGGCCUCUUUCAGGAGACAGGCCGAGUGUCCGUUCCUCUCAGUGCUCCGGCUCUCUUCCCUCUCAGACCACCUGAAGCGCUGUGUUCCUCACCGGGAGCAGCAGUACCAGAGAGUGUGUGCCAACCUUCGUGACAUGUGUGUCGUCUUUGCCGGGCCGUUUCCCGCAGGUUUCUCCGUGAAGGAGGCGAAGCGGCUCUUUCGUCGCUGCGGACCAGUUCGGAAAAUCAAAAUGCUGAACACCAGCGUAAGAGUCCAUGCAGAGGUAGAGUUCGAGCUGCUGGAGGGAGCAACGCUGGCUUUAAAAACCUUAAAUGGACUCAGUUUGCACGGACAGUCCAUCAAGGUGCAGAGGCCUGUUUACGAGUCGAUGCUGGACGUGGAUCUGACGCUUGAUGCUUUGGCGCAUGACGCCCUCGACACCAGUCACCUCUAUGCUGUUAGAUCAAAGCCCAGUGUGACUGAGCGCAUUAACAAUUCCGCAAAGAUCAACGGAAACACAUUAGAUGCUAAAUGCCCAGGUGCAGCUUGGAUUAAAACUGCAAAUGGGUUGCACUCUGCUAACGGGAACGAUAAACGGUUGCAGCUGGAGACCAAACUGUCUGAGGAAUCACUCUCAGAGACGUUCGGUCACUUUGGAGCCGUGGAGAGAAUCAUCCUACCGGCCAAAGCUGGAAAACAUAAAAGACACGCGUACAUAAAGUUUGAGAGUCCAGAGGUCAAACACGCAGCCCUCAGCUCCUCUGGUGAUCCGCGCACGCAAGACUACGUCAUCUGUCCGUCCCUGACUCCGCCCCAUCUGCGCUCAUGGGCCGCCCUGACCCCAAGUACAGUGGAUACUGAGGGGGAAGAAGAGGGGAGUGGCCACAUGCACGUCAGCUCUCAGGACCAGGAGAGUGAGCUCGCGGUGGGCAAGCUGGACCGAUGCCUGGGGAAGCUCUUCAGAUGUCUCCCAGAAUGCACCUUGUCUGUGGUCGUGCUGCUUGGAAACGACAGUGCUGAUGACCAGCAUCCUGGUUUGUGCUUCAUGGAGAUUAAAUCUGGGUCCAGUUGAUGAACAAGGAACAAAAUUUCCACUUCUUCAAAACUUCUUCCUGGGAAUGAACCCAAUGAGGAUUUAAAAAAAUACAAUUAUUUAACAAAUCAUGGACUUUGUUUUUGUAAAACCGCCUUUACAGAAGAGUUGUAUUAUUAUUUUUUUUAAACAGAAUACACUUUUCUAUUGGGAACCUGUAUAUUAAAGACAAUUUGGAGAAACCAAAUAUUUUUCUUGCCAGGAAACAGAAACUACAAAGUUAAAGUGCAUUUGCC